GUAUAGUAAAGCCUGUUCUAUAUUCACCUCCAACAAAUCUCCUUUAAAUAUAAGAUACUGGCGCCAUUUUAAUUUUAACAAAUAGGCGCUGACUAUUCUAUUGUCAUUUAUUAAACGAAGAGGGGAAACUCUCGGGGAGCUGGCUAAUUCCUCUCGACCUCUCCGGCGGUCCCUCCCUCUCUCGCCCCCCCCUCCCCCUGACGCAGGCGAGGAAAGUGUGAAGCGGCGACGCUGGGAACGCUAGUGAGCGCCCGAGAUUUUCCAGACAUGGAUCCGCACUCACAGACGGGAAGCUGUGCCUCCGGAGUCGGGGACUAACAACAACAACAACAACACCGAUUACAGCGCAGCCUUGCUCUGGCGGCGGCGGUGGGGGCACGGGGGACAGCGGGAAAUGAAACGCGCUGCCUGCGGGAGUUUGUUUUUGGGGUGCACGGUCGGCCGAGGCGGAGAAAAAUGACAGUUUGUUACACGAACCGGACUGAAGAAACUCUUCCCUUUCGGAAUUGAAUGAAGAGUCUCCUGUCACCGCUGCCUGUGUUGCUCGGAGUGCACCUAGCUAAGGCCACAUACAUGCAGAAAUGCCCGUGUAGUGCCGAGGGACGCAGGAAGAGGCUUCUGUGGGCAAAGCAGACGUAGGAGCAAAAGCCGAGAAUAAGAUGUAGUAACUUUUUUUUGCCUUGUUUUUUUUUCAGAAAAUGGCAUCUCGUUAAAAAUUGCUUUCUGGUUUUGCAGCCUUCACGUUUAAAAGUGCCACUGCGGGGAGGAAAAGGCAACAAACUAGCCACAGUAAGAGCUGGGGGUCCUUUCACUAGCUACCCGUAGGGUACAACAGAGAAUAAAGCUAUUUUAUAUAUGUAAAAGAUAUUAAAAGCUUUGAAUUCCGUUCUCAUUUCGUCCGUUCACGGAUCCCCGCUAUUGGCUACAUCUUGGGAUUUCUUUUUUUUGCAAACAAGUUUAUUUCAAGCAACUUCAUUUUUGUCCCCAGAGUGUGCUGUGCUUCAGUUUUCUAGAUCUUUUUUUUUUUUUUGCCUUUGCUGGGACUGUCCGACCCACCCACUGAAGGAGCAGCCGGGGCCGAUGCGGGCAGUCCAGCCCCGGCCAUGGCAACGCGAGGAGCCGCAUCGUCCGCAGCCAUGCAGCCGCAGCAAAUAUACGACUUUUCCAGUGAAGAGAACAGCCACAAAUGGAGAGGCCUCUUCGUGCUAGCUCUGCGAAAGGUGCAGCUCCAGGUUCAUCCUAAUCUGUCGGCCAAAGAGGACGCGCUUCAAUACAUCGAGGAGCUCAUUCUGCAGCUGCUGAACAUGCUGUGUGUAGCCCAGCCUCGCACUGUCCAAGAUGUGGAGGAGCGUGUUCAGAAGACGUUCCCCCACCCCAUUGACAAGUGGGCCAUCGCUGAUGCCCAGUCGGCCAUUGAGAAACGCAAGAGGAGGAACCCCUUGCUGCUGCCCGUGGACAAAAUCCACCCCCUGCUGAAGGAGGUCCUUGGUUACAAGAUCGACUAUCAUGUGUCCCUAUACAUUGUGGCUGUGCUGGAGUAUAUAUCAGCUGACAUCCUGAAGUUGUCAGGGAACUACGUGGGCAACAUUCGGCACUACGAGAUCAGCCAGCAGGAUAUCAGGGUGUCCAUGUGUGCGGAUAAGGUGCUGAUGGAUAUGUUCGAUCAGGACGAGGACAUCGGGCUGGUUUCUCUGUGUGGCGACGAGCCUUUGUCCACAGGAGAGCUGACCUAUGACGACCUGGUGCGGCUAGAGAUCGCAGAGGAGCGACAGUACCUGCGGGAGCUCGACCUCAUAGUCAAAGUGUUCCGCCAGGCCUUCCUGUCCAACCCCAAGCUCUUCACGCCCCACGAUAUUGACGUGAUCUUCAGCAAUAUUCUGGAUAUCCACGAGCUGACGGUGAAGCUGCUGGGGCUGAUUGAGGACGCGGUGGAGAUGACAACAGACAGCAGCCCCCAUCCUCUCGUGGGCAGCUGCUUCGAAGAUCUGGCCGAGGAGCAAGCAUUUGAUCCCUAUGAAACGCUGUCUCAGGAUAUCCUCUCCCGCCAGUUUCGCGAGCAUUUCAGCAGCCUGAUGGCCAGGCCAGCUGUCGCCCUUCACUUCCAGUCAAUAGCUGAGGGUUUCAAGGAGGCUGUGCAGUAUGUUCUGCCCCAGCUCAUGAUGGUUCCAGUCUAUCACUGUUUGCACUACUUUGAACUGCUGCAGCAGCUGCAGGAGCGCAGUAAAGACCAGGACGACCAGGAGUGUCUGAAGCAGGCCAUCACUGCCCUGCUGAACCUGCAGUGCAGCGUGGAGCGCAUCUACAGCAAGCACCUGCCGCGCCGCAAGCCAGGGGAGCCCAUGUACCGGCUGUACAGCCGACAGGUCCGCAGCAAGCAGCUGGCCAUCAAGAGGAUGAACGAGAUCCAGAAGAGCAUAGAUGGCUGGGAGGGCAAGGACAUCGGGCAGUGCUGCAGCGAGUUCAUCCUCGAGGGCCCACUCACCCGCGCCGGCGCCAAGCACGAGCGCCACAUGUUCCUCUUCGACGGCCUGCUGAUCAGCUGCAAGGCCAACCACGGGCAGAGCUCGCGGCUGCCGGGCGCGGGCAGCGGCGCCGAGUUCCGCCUCAAGGAGAAGUUCGUGCUGCGCAAGGUGCGCAUCGUGGACCGCGAGGACUCGCCCGACCUGCGGCACGCCUUCGAGAUCGUGGGCAAGGACGAGAACUGCGCCGUCUUCUGCGCCAAGAGCGCGGAGGAGAAGAGCGCCUGGAUGGCGGCACUGGUGACACUGCAGUACCGCAGCACACUGGACCGCAUGCUGGACACGGUGCUGCAGCACGAGGAGCAGGCGCAGCCCCUGCGCCUGCCCUCCCCCGAGGCCUACUGCUUCGCCGUGCAGGACUCCGAGGAGAACAUCGUCUUCGAGGACAGCGUGCAGAGCAAGACCGGCAUCCCCAUCAUCAAGGCCGGCACCGUCGUCAAGCUCAUUGAAAGACUCACCUUCCACAUGUACGCAGAUCCUAAUUUUGUGCGCACUUUCCUGACAACAUACCGCUCCUUCUGCAAGCCCUCUGAGUUGCUUGACCUGUUGAUAGACCGGAUUGAGAUCCCUGAGCCAGAGUCCACCGAGGCACAGGCCCUGUGGAAUGGGGAGCAGCCAAUGGCAGCAGAGCUCCAGAGAUUUCGCAAGGAGUAUGUCCAGCCAGUCCAGCUCCGGGUUCUCAAUGUCUUCCGGCAGUGGGUGGAGCAUCAUUUCUAUGACUUUGAGACAGACCCCGAGCUGUUGUACCGAUUGGAAGAGUAUGUCACCAAUGUAAUUCAGCCACGAGGGAAGUCAAUGAGAAAGUGGUUGGAGUCCAUCAAUAAAAUCAUCCGACGGAAGAUGCAGACCCAGCUGAACGGAGUCAGCCACAGUAUCACGUUCGGGAGCCCGCCCCCUCCAGUGGAGUGGCACAUCAGCAGGGCAGGGCAGACAGAGACCUUUGCCCUCAUGACGCUGCACCCCAUCGAGAUCGCACGGCAGCUCACGCUGCUGGAGUCCGAGCUCUACAGGGCUGUCCGCCCCUCUGAGCUGGUGGGGAGUGUCUGGACCAAGGAAGACAAGGAGAAGAACUCCCCAAACCUUCUCAGGAUGAUCCGGCACACCACCAACCUCACUCUGUGGUUUGAAAAGUGCAUAGUGGAGGCAGAGAACUUGGAGGAGAGAGUGGCUGUGCUCACUCGUACCAUUGAGAUCCUGCAGGUGUUUCAGGAGCUGAACAACUUCAACGGCGUCCUGGAGAUAGUCAGCGCCAUCAACUCCGUGCCGGUGUACAGGCUUGACCACACCUUUGAGGCUAUACCAGAAAGGAAAAAGAAAAUAUUAGAAGAAGCAGUAGAACUCAGUCAGGACCAUUUUAAGAAGUAUUUGGCAAAACUCAAGUCCAUAAAUCCGCCUUGCGUGCCUUUCUUCGGUAUCUAUCUAACUAAUAUCUUGAAGACGGAGGAGGGGAAUCCCGACUUUCUCAAGCGCCACGGGAAGGAUCUGAUUAACUUCAGCAAGCGCCGGAAAGUUGCCGAGAUCACAGGGGAGAUCCAGCAAUACCAAAACCAGCCUUAUUGCCUGAGGGUGGAACCUGAUAUCAAGAAGUUCUUUGAAAACCUGAACCCCAUGGGGAAUAUGAGUGAGAAAGAGUUCUCUGACUACCUGUUUAACAAGUCCAUGGAGAUAGAGCCUCGCAACUGCAAACAGCCUCCGAGAUUCCCCAGGAAGACUCUCUACACGCUCAAGUCUCCAGGGAUCCGGCCAGUGCGCCACACGUCUACCUCAGGCAGCCUGAAGGGCCACCCUGUUCCCCUCGAAAGGGAGCCCCCCCACAAGAUCACCUUCCGCAGCAUCGCCGAGACGGAAACUGAGAGCACUGCGUCCGUGCCUACCUCUCCCAACACCCCCUCCACACCCCCGCAGUCCGCCUCCUCCGACCUCGGUUCCGUGUUCCUGGAUGCAGACCUCAGCAGCUCCUGCGGAAGCAACAGUAUUUUCGCUCCAGUACUACUGCCAACAUCAAAGUCGUACUCUGUGUCAUGCGGCAGUCUUCACCAGCUCAGCGAGGAGCUGAUCAAGCCACCCCCACUGCCCCCUCGCAGGAAAGACGCCAUCACAGAGGCCAAGACGGGUCCCAGGCCUGACAGCCCUCCAGCCAUCCCUCCCAGACUGCCUCCGCCGCUGACGAGGAUCCAGCCCAGAGUGCCCACCUACAACGGCCCCAGCGAUGGCCCCCUGCCCAGCCCGCCACCACCGCCCCCCAGGGACCCCCUCCCUGACACCCCCCCACCUGUGCCCCUGCGCCCACCGGAGAUCUUCAUGAACUACCCCCUGAACCUGCAGCCGUCUCCUGUGGGCCGCUUCCACUGGGAGUUCAGCACCUCACCCAGCUCGCCCAACACCCCGCCGGGCACGCCCUCCCCAAGGGUGCCCCGGCGCUGCUGCCCGCUGAGCGCCAGCCAGAACAGCCUCUGCCAGCCUCCUGCGCCGGUCACGGCCCCCCCGGUGCCUCCCCGCCAGAACUCGAACCCCCAGCUCCCCAAACUGCCACCAAAGACCUACAAGAGGGAGCUCUCCCACCCGCUGCACAGCCUCUCGCUGGUGGAGAACGCCAACGCCAACCCCUAAGGCCCUCACCCCCCCCACCCCCACAGGCACAGCCUCUGCCCCCCGCUGCCCUGCAGCAUCCCCGGGCUCGGCCACGCCGGACGGCGAGCGCUGCACGAACCCGAACGCGCGACGGGAGAGGCGAACUUCAUGCGGGAGCUCCCGAUCGCCGACAGCGGCCUCUGGCCUGCCUCCUGCGACGCCCUGUCACCACCACCACCGCCGCCGCCUCUCAGGGGAUCAGUCACUCAAACCCCACGUGCCAACAACAGCCUCGUGCCAGUACAGAUGAUGGGAGACUGCAGAUGAGCUCUGCACCGCACCAGGACCCUGAAGAUGACCUGUUGCUCACCUAAGAACAGCAUGAACGUAAUGCAUUAGGGGGGCUUUCUUGCCAUUGUGCAGUUGCACACUAAUUGCAAAGGAUUAAUGUUAGUAAUCUCUUUUUUUCAAAGCAUUUUUGGGGUUCACCAUACCUUAUGUGCAGACUACGCACUGUACCCAAUGCACAAUAUACUGGUAGUAGUGCCCAAAAAGUAUUUUAGUACAAUAAAAAUUACGUCUCUGACAGCACUGCUAUGUGAAUUCUGUAGUAUUGUGGAAUUACAAGGAUCCUAUAAACUAAUGUAGUCAAAGAAAGAAUUGGAAAUAGUCCUAUAUUUCUUCUUUUUUGUUUUGCUUAGCAAUGCUUUGUUCAGAGCAUUGAAAUAGAACUGAGAAGAUUGGCAUAGGUCCAGAGUCACCAGUCUGAUUGGUAGUCACCAGUAUCAUGCCUUGCUCAAGGCAUUGAGCGACCAGAACUAAAAGUAAUGUACAUCAGUUCAUAGCUUGUGCUUGCCUGAAGAAUCAUGCUGUUAGCAGGUGGCAGGGGUCUUUCUUAUGCAUUACAGCUAGGCAUCACACGUGGGAAAAUGAAAUUUGAGAUUUCAUGGAAUUCUUUCAGUCAUUUCUUCUUUGCACUGUAUUGUAUAAACAUGGACAUUAAACUUUAGUAUGUUGCACUGAGCCAUUAACAGGAGGACAGCGUCUGUGUGGGACUCCCUUUAUAACUUGUUCUGCUUCAGUAGUGGCCUUUAAUCAAGAGCAGUGAAGUUGAUAAAGUCACUGGCGAUGGACUUUGAUGUUUAUACUGGAAUACAAGUCAUCCCAAUUCGGAAAUCCACGGAUCUGUGGAAGUAACUGCUAUAGUCCUUAAGCUCCUUAAAAAGAUGAUGUCUUAAGCCCAUCAUUCUGUUUGAUGCUAAGGAAAACUACAAAGCUGUAUGACUUUAAAAAUCCUAAUCUCAACCGGUUUGGAAACUUUGACAUUAAUUAACCCCAAAUCCCCCCUGCAAAUGAAAAAGGAAGAAUGCACUAGUUGUACUGAUGUCUAAUAUUUGGAUGCUUGAAGAGGGUUUUUUCUUUAAACUUAAACUUUAAAAAGAAAUGUCUUUUUGAUGGAAUGACGUUUUUAAAAGAUAACUCAAUGCAUCUUACUCGGAUGUGCCUUUCUGUGUUUUGUUUUUCUACUUUCCCAAGUGAAAGAUGGUGUCUAAAUGUUAAAAUCUGUGGCCUAAAUAAUGCUUAGAACAGAGCUCUAUACUAGAAAUGUACAGUUUUGUUGAUGUAGUGUGUAUCUGUAAAUACACACAUACAGACAUUACUUAAUCUGUAUAAAGUGAUUUCUCAGUCUUGUACAAUUCCCUUUCUGCCUUCAUGUGUCAGGAACAACUUAUUUAACAAUCAAAUGCUGCUACAGUCUGACAGAUAAUGUCAUUUCCUCUUUCCACUGUUUUAAUUUGACUGCUAAAUAGAAUGUGUGCCAUGGCUUUUUCUUCAAAGUAAAGGGAAAUGUCGUAUUUCUAACACCACAGCCAGCAGUGAGUGUGGCAGUAUAAACACUGCAGGAAGUUCAGGACACAGCCAGGCCUAUCGCUGGUGUUCAUUCAGCUUCUGCCUUUGUAAUUCCUGAACUGCAUGGAGAGCUUUCAGAUUUAUGAUGCAGUGCCAACACCUGGUUCCCCAGCCUGUUUCUGGCACUAUUCUCCUACUAUUCAGUGUUGCAGAUCAUGGGUAAAUUUAAAAAUUACUAUCAAGGGUAUUGGACAUGGUUUUAAUUGUGGACAUCAACAAAAUGGUUGUUCCUUACGAAAUCUCAGUGAAAUCAGUUCUCCUUUGCUUGACUUUGUAAGCCCUUCCAUUUCUUUCAUAAGUUGUACUGUAGCAGCUUUUUAUUGUACAGUAGCUGAUGCUACCCAGAUUUUAUUUGAUGGUCUGUGGCCUUUUAACUGUGCUUUGUAUUAAUGUUCUUAAUGAGAUUAAUAAAUCACCCCAGUCUUAUUUUCUA